AUGGCUCGGAAUCGCCGCCCGCGCAAUAGAGAUGAGCUCCGAACGCUCGAGUCGCACGCGCGCAGCCGUCCGACGACGAAGUACGGCUGCGACGUCGCAGCGCGUGCCGUAGAGAUGCUCUGGACGGACUCAGAUGUGAAAAUGUGGGUGAUUUUGAGCGAUAUCGCCAGUGACCCCUCGGUGUCUGAGCACACUCUUUUUCGUUCCAUAAUUGAUUUUCGUAGAUAUUGUGCGCGACGGCUACGACGGCUUCGAAAGAAACUGGGCUUGUCUAAAGCUAAAGGGAGGAAUUCACUGAGUGAAGAACUUCUCCCUACUGCAGAGCACGUGAUCAUACCAUUUAUGCUGGCUGAGCGAGCUUGGGCACGUGCAAUGGAGCUUAAAGGCAAUCCACUUGAAGGCGCGUAUAAAAAUUCGCGGACUGGUGAUGGUGGUUGUUCAAUACGUACUGACCAUCAUCACCAUUUGGCAGUUUCGACAAUCAAUAAUGAGACUGGGGAGUCGACUGCGGCGAUACUGAACUGGUGUGGCCAGUCUUUGAGAGUGACUGAGAAAGUCCAGCAGCGACUUCUGACAUGUGGGAUGGAACAGCAGCCAGAUGCAAAGGGUGUUGCGCUAAAUGAAACACAAUACGCCCGGAAGCUACAGCAGCUUGAGGAUUUGUCUCGCUCCCUAUGCGAUGUAGAAUUGGUUUCUCCGGCCGUCCCCAAAGGCGAUCGGAUUGUAGAAAACAACAAGCCGCUCGAGCUUAUGACGGCGCGCAUCUCCUACGAAAAGCUAGACCUUCUUUAUCAACGCUGUGACUCUGCCGUCGCAGAUCGCGCCUCAGCCUGGCGCAGAAACGCACUUGAGGCUGCGGAAUCACUUGUACUUGGUGGAAUUUCUGAUUCCAAGUUAGCACGCAUGCCCGAUGAUGUGCUCUAUCUUUAUGAAAACUUGAUUCAAGUAACGACAGGUAUGUCCUCCCUUGCAGGGGUUCGGGAUGGCCAUGAUGAAGUAUUAGCUGAGGUACUUGACGCCCGUGCUGCUGCACUCCGAGCGUACAAGUGUCAUUACCUUGCCGAGACGUUCAGUGUACGCGCAAGUUUGGCGCCGAAUGCAUUCGCACUGUUUCACCACGCGUCUCAUCUCGCAGAUUGCGCACUCUUGGAAGCUGAAGCUUGCGAGGUGCCACAAAUGGGCCAAGAGAUGGCGCAUCUCAGCGAUGCAUCCCGUGCAUCCACAUCUCGCCUAAAGGCUGCUCGUGUCAUGAAAUCCAAUCACAAUGGUGACUGUCAAAUCCGCGGGCCGUCCUUUGCAAGCCACUCCUGUUCAACAUUGCCCAUAACAAACUAA